AUGGCUCUCACGCCGGCUCAGAAGCAAAAACAUUAUCGUAAAAACUUGGCAAAAAAAGGCUUAAAUGAAGUCUCAAAAGCUAAAAUUGCUGCCAGAAUGAAAGCAUUUCGUAAAAAUUUAACUGGGAUAACGCGAGCCAAAUAUUUGGAAGCCCAUGCGGAUUCACAAAAACGUUAUAAAGAAAGAAAGAAAGAAUUCGAAACCAUGUCGUUAUGCAAAGCAACAAAGAAAGUCACGAAAAUGCUUCCGAAAGAUCCUGCCAAGAAAAAGUUGAUUAUAAAAGCAAUAGCCGAAUCUGUUGGUCUUUUACCGACAUCAGCUCAUCAACGUGUUUCCAGAACAUUGUCGCCGAAAGCAAAAGAUGCCAUUCUCCUUUUAUAUGGACGUGAUGACAUAUCAUACCAAGUGCCAGGAAAACGCGAUACAGUUGUUGUUAAAGAAGAUGGAAGUAAGAAAACUUAUCAGAAACGAAUUUUGUUGUAUAAUUUGCGUGAACUAUAUCAAAUAUUCUUAAAUGAAAAUUCUGGUGUUGAUGUGUCUCGUUCGCUCUUUGCUCAACUGCGACCACAACAAAUUGUGGUAAAAUCUUCAAUGGCACAUCGUGUAUGCGUGUGUUUAUAUCAUGAGACCGUUAAUUUGCUCUUAAAUGCGUUAUUAAAACAUAUUAAUGGAUUAGCUUGUUCCAGUUUACAAGCAUUCACAGGAGCACUGGCCUGUGAUGAAUCAAAUGAGCAGUGUAUGUUGUCUAACUGUAAUAAAUCAGAUCAUAAUUUUGAAUUACAAGUAAAAAGUAAGGUUAUUGGUGAAGCCGUUAAAAUAAAAUGGUCGCAAUGGCAUAACAAUAACGGUCGUGCGGAAAAAACAGAACACGAUGGUAUCGUUAAGCAAUGCGCGCAGCUCCUAUCAACAAAAGUUAAACAAUAUUUGUAUCAUGUAUUUAUUAAACGACAACAAAGUCAUCUGUUUGAACAACUGAAGGAAGAUUGUGAUGACAGAACGGCGCAUGCGUGGUGUGAUGCCUUGAACUUCUCAUUUGCUCUACCAUCAAAUAAUGUGAGUCAUGAUAAAUACUGUGUUAGUACAUGUAUUAAUUUUAUUAUUGGUGAAUUGAAACAAUAUUUACCAGAAUUAGAACAAAUCAUAUUUUUCAGUGAUGGUGCCGCUUCACAGUUUAAGCAACGUUUUCCGUUUCGCAAUUUGACAAGGAUGUCAAAUGAACAUGAUUUAAAGAUAUCACGGAAUUUCUUUGCCACAAGCUGUGGCAAGGGGGUGGUCGAUGGUAUUGGUGGAACAGUAAAGCGAAUGGUUUGGCAAGAAAUGAUGACUAAAAAGCAAUGUAAAACAGCAGCCGAUUUCGUACGUCUUGCCAAGAGUAAAACAAAUACAAUUAUUCUAUGUGAAAUGGCGCAAGGAGCAAUCGACGCUUCAGAACAAAAGCUGAAACAGUUAUUUGAUGGCACUAAAGCUGUUCGAAAUACACAAAAGUUGCAUAAUGUCAUAGCUGUACGCCAAGAUGUUAUUGAAUAUCGUUCAUUUGGUGGUUCAACAAGCUCCUGGACAGUGAAAUUUUAA